CUCUAUAAAUAAGUCCAUCCCUCUCCUCUAUCUUCCACUGCAAUUCAUACUCACUAAUUAAUUUAUUAUAAACAUGGAUAUUCUGAUCUUAUCAGCAUCAAUUUGUUGCGCUGCUGUAGCUCUAAUAUAUCUAUGGAAAGUAUUAGAUUGGGUUUGGUUUACGCCCAAAAAACUCGAAAAAAUCCUACGUCAGCAGGGCUUCAACGGCAAUUCUUACAAGCUUUACUAUGGAGAUUUCAAAGAAAUCGGAAGGCUCACCGGAGAAGCCUUGUCCAAACCCAUCGAAUUUACCAAUGAAAUAGCUCCGAGAGCUACUGCCAUUUUCCACCAAGCUACCAAAAAAUAUGGUGAGAAUAACUUCGUUUGGUUCGGGCCAAGGCCGGCGGUAAGCAUCAGCGACCCAGAAAUUAUCAGAGAGAUUUUCUCCAAGAACAAUGUUUACCUGAAGCCUUCUGGUAAUCCAAUUGCGAAAAUGUUCAAAGGGCUCGCGACAUACGAGAAGGAGAAAUGGGCCAAGCACAGAAAGCUCAUCAACCCCGCCUUCCAUGUCCAGAAACUGAAGCAUAUGGUUCCGGCGUUCCACGUCAGCACAGCCGACAUGCUGAAGAAAUGGGACGAGCUCGUGCCGGAUGGCGGAUCGUGUGAAGUGGACGUGUGGCCAGGUCUUCAGACAAUGACGAGCGACGUGAUCUCGAGAACUGCGUUCGGGAGCAGCUACGAGGAAGGAACCAAGAUAUUCCAGCUGCAGAGGGAGCAGGUGGAGCGCAUUAUAGAGGCCGGCCGCCAUAUGCCCGUCCCCGGGUGGCUGCCGACCAAGAAUAACCGGAGGUUGAAGGAGAUCGUGGCGGAGGUCGAGUCGCGUGUGCUCGGAAUCAUCAACAAGAGGAUGAAGGCGAUGGAAGCCGGGGAGCCAAGCAUGGAUGACUUAUUAGGAAUAUUAUUGGAAUCCAAUGCCAAGGAAAUGAGAGAGCAUGGAAAUGCUUCAGGAAUGACCAUUGAGGAAGUCAUGGAGGAGUGCAAGGUCUUCUACUUUGCCGGCCAGGAGACCUCCGCGUCUCUGCUGGUUUGGACAAUGAUCCUUCUCAGCAAGCACCGGGACUGGCAAGACCGCGCCAGGGACGAGGUCUUGCAGGUUUUCGGGAAAGGGAAACCCGACUAUCAGGAGCUGAACCAACUCAAAAUUAUGAACAUGAUCCUGAACGAGUCUCUGAGGGUGUAUACACCGGGAGCGACGCUUGGUAGGUUUACUCACAGUGAGGCUAAUUUUGGAAAGUAUAAGAUUCCGGCGGGAGUGCAGCUGGUGCUGCCGGUGCUAGCGGUGCACCACGACACCCGGCUGUGGGGGGACGACGCGACCAGCUUCAAGCCGGAGAGGUUCGCGGAAGGGGUGUCGAAGGCGACGCAAGGGCAGCCUAAGUUCAUUCCUUUCGGGUCGGGGCCGAGGAUCUGUAUUGGGCAGAAUUUCGCGAUGUUGGAAGCUAAAUUGGCGAUGGUUAUGAUUUUGCAGAAUUAUUCGUUCAAGCUGUCGCCAUCGUACGCGCAUGCGCCUCAUGCGCUCAUUACUCUCCAGCCCCAGUAUGGAGCGCACUUGAUUCUUACCAAACUUUAAAAUUAUUAGUAUACAUUUAUUUUAUUUACUUCAUUUUGUUGAAUUUGAAAAGGUGUAUUACAUAUGUUUCAUUUAUUUAUUUUUGCAUGAUAAUUAAUGGUGCUUGUAUUAAUUACCAAGUGUGGUGAUUUAUACUAGUGAAACCUUCGGAUUCCAAUUUUUAAUUUAUUUUUAUUUGUAAAGCAUGGUGAUUCCAUCCAUUGUUGUUUGGUUUGAGUAAUAAGAUAAUCAUUACCGUUA